CAAAUAUGGAUUAGGUCCAAGCGUUGCAAUUACGCCUCACCUACAGGUCACUUUGAGAGGGCUUUGAUUGUAUGGACAUAACGGACAAUGGCCUGUUAAUAGACAUUUAAUUCUAUUUUUUUAAAAAAACAGGAAGAGAGCAUAGAAGAUUAUUACAUUUAUCUAAAAUGUGUUUUUAUUUUGGCAUUCCAUCCGAUCAUCUGAUGUGUGACGGUACAAGGUAAUAAACAGGUUGUGUCUGCAAACAGGUAGAUUUGUGAUAAACCACACAUUUAUUUAUCAUCAUUAAUAUAGUCUGGACGGCUUGUGAGGCGAUACCAAUAUUGAUAAUAGAAGCCAUUUGUAACUCUCCAGGGUGCUGAAGUUGUCUCUUACUGUUGUAGGCGCAAAGCAGCCUGUGCGCACUCUCAUCCAAUUGGAAGCGCAAGGAAGAUAAUUAGUUAUGGUGUGCCAUCUUCAUGCAGGGCAACUACGUUUGAUCUAAUCUCGGUUUACUCAUGAAUUUGAAGUUUCGGUAUCUGGAGAUUGUUAAAGUAUUAUUAGAGGCAAGUGUUGAACAAAACAUGUUCAAGUGAGCUGUAGUGAGUUUCACAUCGCCUAAUUGGAUUUCAGAGUACGGGCAAGAUAUGAACACCACGACUUUCAAGACUUUCAUGUAACAGCAAGGUUUACCAGCACGGAUACCCAAGAGAGACAAUGCACCAGUUACCACUCCAUUUCGGAGGUGUAUUAUGGGAACUGUCAGCCUAUCCCUGUUGUCCAGUUUUGAGAAGCAAACACAGCCUUGGACCAAUUAUACCAUUUUACAACUUUUCACUAUGGAUACUGCUAGGAGUUCUGACGUUUCCAUGUUGUGUUCAGUGUUUCAUUUUCAAAGUGGGAGUCCUUGGGCCUUGGAACUGCGACCCAAUACACUCGAAAUCUCUCCCCUCGGUUGCAGCCAAAUUGGCUGUGAGCAGGAUAAAUGAAGAUUUUAGCUUGGAUCUGGGAUGUCAAAUGGAUUUUAUGGUUCUCCAAGAGCCCUGCGAAACAUCGAAGGCUCUGACAGCAUUUGUGAACUACGAGAAACACGUCGACGCUUUCGUAGGACCCGCCAAUCCAGGUUACUGCAACGCCGCUUCACUUUUGGGUAAAAACUGGAACAAGGCCAUUUUCUCUUGGGCUUGCAUUAAUUAUGAACUGGACAGAAUCGAAGGAUAUCCAACUUUCGCACGGACUUUACCGUCUCCAACGCGAGUGCUUUUUACUGUGCUAAAGUAUUUCAGGUGGGCCAAUAUUGGCAUAGUCUCCUCCGAUGAGGAUAUAUGGAUAGACACGGCUGGCAAAGUGGCGAAUUCUCUGAGGAGUCAGGGGCUCCCCGUUGGCAUAGUGGCGUCUGUGGGGAGCAAUGAAACCGAGAUGGAGAACACCCUACGGGACAUUCAGAGAGCAGGGGAAAUAAAAGUCAUCAUAAUGUGCAUGCACUCUGUGCUAAUGGGUGGGGAAAAACAGAGAGCUUUCCUGCUGAAGGCCCAUGCCAUGGGUCUGACCCAAGGGAAGUAUGUCUUUGUGCCUUAUGACGCCCUCCUCUACAGCCUGCCCUACUCAAACACCUCCUACUUCGCUCUGCAAAACGACACAAAGCUUCAACAGGCCUACGACGCUGUGCUGACUAUUACCGUGGCGUCAGACCUGAUGUCCUUCAGUGAAGCGUUCAACAUGGCCAAGAGAUUUGGAGAGCUCACUGUGUCCCAUGAGCCAGAGCAGGUCUCCCCUCUGUUUGGAACCAUCUACAACGGUCUGUACCUGGUUGCCAAAGCUAUACACAAUGCCCGGAGGGCGGGCCAGUGGCUCAGCGGCACCAACCUGGCGUACUUCACUCGAAACAUGACCUUCAAAGGCUUCAACCAGAACAUACGAAUAGACAGCCAAGGAGACAGCCAGACCAGUUAUGUGAUCUUGGACACUGACGGCUGGGGGAGGCAGAUGUAUCGGUGCUAUCUGGUGGACCUCAGCACCGGCACGCUGCAGUUCGCUGGAAGGUCAAUCCACUUCCCAGGAGGAUCUCCCCCUUCGCCUGACUCAAGCUGCUGGUUUGACCCGGAUGCAGUCUGCACUGGAGGUGUGGAGAUCAUCUAUGUUAUCAUCGUGCUUGUUGUUAUUUUGGUGCUGGGCCUGGGAGCCCUCGGCCUGACCCUUGUCAUAAGGUGGAGGAUCCAGCAGAUCCAGCUGGUGAAAGGGCCCAACAGGAUCCUGCUGACCCUGGAGGACCUCACCUUCAUCGACCCUCAGCUAAGCAAGCAGAAAAUCACUUUAGAAGAUCUCACUGGCUCAAGGAGUGCUAUUGAGGACAAGAGUACAAAGUCUGCGGAUCAAUUUAACUCUGAAAUUAGCGUAGCAACAGUUACACACGAGACAUCAAAUGUGGCCGUCUAUGAGGGUGACUGGGUGUGGAUGAAGAAGUUUAAAGAUGGCCAUUUUAAAGAAGUGAAACAGAGCACAACCAAGAUCUUCACAAAAAUGAAGGACCUACGGAAUGAGAACGUCAACCCAUUCCUAGGCUUCUUUAUAGACUGUGACAUGUUUGCCAUGGUGACAGAGCAUUGCUCUCGGGGGAGCCUCCAUGACCUUUUAAGAAAUGAUGAUGUCAAGCUGGACUGGAUGUUUAAGUCUUCACUAUUACUAGAUCUCAUAAAGGGCAUAAAAUACCUCCAUCAUAGAGACUUUCCCCACGGAAGGCUAAAGUCUAAGAACUGUGUGGUUGAUGGCCGCUUUGUCCUCAAGAUAACAGACUAUGGUUUCAAUGAGCUUUUAGACAACCAGAAAGCCCCCAAAGAGAUUCCUCCACCAGCAGACUUGUUUUGGACAGCCCCGGAGCUCCUCCGAGACUUAGAGCAUUCACGCAAAGGGACCUACAAAGGGGAUGUGUACAGUUUUGCCAUCAUCCUGCAAGAGGUGGUGGUCCGAGGAGCUCCCUAUUGCAUGCUGGGAUUGUCUCCAGAAGAGAUCAUCCGUAAGGUGAAGAAGCCUCCGCCCAUGUGCAGGCCCACGGUGGCCCCGGACCAGGCCCCGCUGCAGUGCAUCCAGCUCAUGAAGCAGUGCUGGAGCGAGCAGCCGGAGCGCCGGCCCACCUUUGAUGAGAUCUUUGAUCAGUUCAAGUUCAUCAACAAGGGCAAGAAGACCAACAUCAUCGACUCCAUGUUGCGAAUGCUGGAACAGUACUCUUCCAACCUGGAGGAGCUGAUCAGGGAGCGGACGGAGGAGCUGGAGGUGGAGAAACAGAGGACAGAGAAGCUCCUCUCAGAGAUGCUCCCGCCCUCUGUGGCAGAAGCACUGAAGACAGGCGCGACUGUGGAGCCGGAGUACUUCGACCAGGUGACCAUCUACUUCAGCGACAUCGUGGGUUUCACCACCAUCUCGUCCCUCAGUGACCCCAUCGAGGUAGUGGACCUGCUCAACGACCUCUACUCACUCUUUGACGCUGUGCUGAGCAACCAUGAUGUCUACAAGGUGGAAACCAUUGGUGACGCCUACAUGGUGGCAUCAGGCCUCCCCAAGCGCAAUGGCAACAAGCACGCGGCAGAGAUCGCCAACAUGUCCCUGAACAUCCUGAGCUCAGUGGGCACCUUCAAGAUGAGACACAUGCCCGAGGUGCCGGUCAGGAUCCGUAUUGGCAUCCACUCCGGGCCGUGUGUUGCUGGGGUGGUGGGUCUGACCAUGCCUCGAUACUGUCUCUUUGGAGACACAGUCAACACCGCCUCUCGAAUGGAAUCCACAGGACUGCCUUAUAGAAUCCAUGUGAACAUGAGCACAGUGAAGAUCCUGCGCUCCCUGGACGAGGGCUAUAAGAUUGACCUCAGGGGGAAGACCGAGCUGAAGGGCAAAGGUAUCGAGGAGACAUACUGGCUUGUUGGGCAAUCUAGUUUUACAAAGCCUUUGCCAAAGCCACCAGAGAUCAGACCAGGAGACAACUGGCAAGACAUGGUGACGGAAGAGAUCAAGACCUUGUUCCGGAAAGCCAACAGACAAGUGGACAAGCCCAAGCUCUGAGAGUAGGACAGACAGACAGGUGGAGACAAUGCUACAAGCUCAAGACAAGCAGGAAGAAGAGAGAGCAGGGGGAGCUGAAGGAGCUGAAGGAGUGAACGUAACCCAACACCUGACCCAAUGGAGGGAGAGGCCCGUGAGCCGACAGGAACCUGUCCGGCACACAGACCUGAGAACAGCAUGCAUAAACCCUGCCUGAUCACCGUGGCUUACAUGGAGCGCUGUAAUAGGAUUGGCCAUGGGUCUCACUAAUCUCCCUCUAUCCAGCGCAGCUGAAAGCCACUGCUCUAAUGAAAUGAAAGUUGUCUUGCGGGUCACCGGGGGGAACGAGUGUCCUGACUGCCUCCUUAAUGGACAUUACAAGCUGCUACCUUUGGCCACCGCGUGGCUCAGCAUGUUCCAGUCUACUGUGGGAGCCUCUAAGUCCCUCCACUUCUGCUGUCAUAUGGGGGUGUCUUUACUUCUGCUCCAGCUUUUGGCCCUUCACUAUUACAUUGAGCAUCUUCAGGGACAGGAAAGGAACGCUAUUGUCUAAACUGCUUUUAAAUAUAUUUUGGCUUAUAACUGGAGUUUGCAGUGGAUUGCCUGAGGAGUCACUGAUGUCUGCGCUAGGUUUAACCUCUGGGCUGUGCUUUUAGUGCCACCGUGGGGGAGGGCUUUGCAUCGCAAACCUGAUGAAAAUAGCAUUUUUAAUGAAACAUGAAUAAAGCACAUCUGUAUAGUGCCAGUACACUUCAUGCAUAAAGUCAGAAUUAUUAAGUUAGAAAUUUACAUUGAAUUAAAAUGUCUUAUGCAUAUGUUUGAUUGAUGCACAGUCUAGGGUCAACAAAAGUACCAAUGCCUUACAUUAGUUACUCAUAGAUAAGACUUGCUCUCUGGCUCUGUUAAGUCAGGUCUCACGAGAGUAAUAUUUGACUGAUAACUAAUAACACUCAGAGAUUUCAUAGGGCCACGCCCACAUUUAAGAGAUGUUAUUCUCUGCUGCACUUGAAGGCACCUCAACAUGGUCCGUUGUAUAUAUACUGUAUUUAUUUUUGAAAUCAAACAAGAUUGUAUAUAAUUGUUGAAGAGAGUGAAUGUAAUGGAAAUAUAUAGUAGAUAUUUAUUCACGAGUACUAUCAUGAAAAGAUAAUUGUAGGCAGUAUUGUAGUCUUUCCAAAAAAAUACUAAGAUUGUUGGGAGAAACUUAUAUUUAACUGUAGAACACCCAUGACAUUAAAUAAAACAAUACAUUUUGCUCAGAGUUUCUUAUCUGUUCAUAUGAAAGAUGAUAAGAUGGUUGGGUUGGUCAUUGUAACUCUUGAACUCUUGUAGUGUAGUUAUUAUUUACUGCUUUUGAGCCAAGAUUGUAUUAAUGUAGACAUGUAUUUAUAAAUGUUUGUACUUUACCUAUUCAACCUGUAUAUUUAUUAAGGAACAUGUGCAGAUUUUGGUGUAUUACAAACAUUACUCUCUGGUA